CACAUAAACACACUUUCGCUCUUUCUCACGCGACUCCCUUUCUGAAUGCUAGUGUGGCGUGUGAAAUACUUGGUAGUGUUUUUUGUGGCUCAGUUGGGAUUUACGAACGGAGCGGUCAAGUUGUUGUUUGCGCUUAAACUGCGCACGUGCCUUCAACGGACAUGGACUUGGACAGUGACCGCCAGCCCUUAUUGGUGGCAGUGAUGCGCCAGUUGCCGUUGCAGUUCACCUUCCAUACCUCUAAUAAAAAGUAAAAAGCCACAACAUGCAUACCGUUGACUGGAAAUUCAACGAUGGUGCCGAGGCGGAGUUCAGUUGGGGUCGUUCGUUCUCGGAACCGGAUCUAAGCACCAAUCAAAAGGGACAGAAGGAUCGGUUUACCAUCAAGCAUCCCCACGAACACAUUGCUGUCGAUGAUCUGAAGUUCUUUCGCCGUCGCCAGCCUGUACAGUUGCACACGCAGAGCAACGUUUGUCUCUACGAUAGCCAGGAGCCAGCGUUGUCCUUUGGCUCCUUGAAGACGGAGUAUCGUAAGCGCUAUUGCUUCCAGGGUCAAAGUAGACCACGACAACGUCCUCGUUCGCUGCUGAGACGUGCGACAUCGCUGCGUCUGGAGGGCUUCAUGCAUUUGCUUUCGGAGCAUCAGGAGAAAUAUCAUUGGUUCACGCCCGAGGAUCUGCAGUUUUCUCGUACGUUUCCCGUGCGCAAUCCGGAGAACUUGCAGCUGGGCCGCAACGAGCAGGAGAAGAUGAAGAACUCGUCGUAUCUCACCUAUCCCAUGUUGGAUGCCAGUGCCCAAAUACUGCCACGUCAAAUGUUUACCGAAGAGAAGGAGCAAUCGCAGAGCAAGUCCAGUCAAGCUCCAGUGCCAGCUCCAGCUCCGGUUCACCUGUCCAGUGACAAGUUCAAGCGCGAUGUGGCUGCCCAGGAGCAGCAGCGAUGUCAUCUGCAGAUGCGUGCCCAAGGCACAGACUACGAGGCAUCGCCAUCGGAGUACAAGCGUCAAUUUGUGGAGCAAUUCCCCAUUGAGAAGGCGCACUCGAUACCACAGAUGAGUAGCAUCAAGAUGCAAGGCGACUUUAUAACUGUGCCCGAGUAUCAGGAUAGCUUCAAGAUGUAUGCCAACUACUCGAAGAGUGCCCCGAUCAAGAAGCACGAUAAUCUGCGCAUCUCAGGCGCCGAGCAGCAGAGCACAACGGAGCCAAGUGGCGGGGAUAUGCCCGAGUAUCGUGAUAAGUUCAAUGUCCCACCCAAGCACAUGGUCAAAGAGAAGUCACUGAAGACGGACGAUCAUUUGCGCCCGCGCGGCGAGUUCACUAAAGAGGUACCCGAGUACUAUGAGAGCUUCCGUGAUCCCCAGAUCACCGAGAUGCCCGAGCGGGGUAAGGUGCGCGAACCUUAUCUCCGGCUGCGUGGCAAAAUCGAAUUUAAUCCCGAGUAUCGCAACAAUUACCUGGACUUUCCACGCUCCCGUCCGGUGGUGCGCAAGCCCGUCUCCUCCUUUCGGCUGCCCACCAGCAACAGCACCAGCAAUACCACCGCCACCGCCACCACCACAUCCAGUCCGCGCUUGGAACGCGAACCCGCUGCCAGUCACAUGACUUCCACCGAGCUAACUGCCACUCCCGAGUACCGACGUGCCCAGUACAAUUACCAGCUGCGCGAGAGAGAGCGUCCACGUGAACUGCAGCCUCCAGUGCAAGCGACAGCAGGUGGUAAUCUUCGCAAGAGUUCCGAUUCCUCGCUAGACGCUUGCCAGCUUCAAUCGCAAGCCAAACGGCGUCCAUCACGACAGCGCACUGUGAAAGAACCGACGCCUCAGUUAGUGCCCAGUUUCGAGGAUGUGGCAGCUGGUGGAGCGGGAUUCAAGAAACCGCCCAAGUACGGACGACGUGCUUCCGUGCUGCAGAAUGCGGUCAACUGUCGCGACAAGUCCUCCAUCAUCGAGGGCAAUCCCAAGUACGCCAUCGGCUGUCGACGCGACAAACAGAAUACGGAGAAUCAACAUCAACAUCAUCAUCAACAACAACAACAACAACAGGGAUCCUUUGUGGUCCUUGAUGAACCCUGCAAGCCUUCCAAUUGGAUGAAAAAGACCUGGUAUGAUUCUUAGCUCCAUCUUUAAAUAAUUUAAGCACUCCAUUCAAUAAGCAAUA